AUGAAUCGCCCGCGGCCAGCUUCCGCGUCGCCGGGCCGGCCGGUGCACGCUGGAGGCCCAGGUUGCCGGCCCGGGCGCGGCGUUCAGGACGGUAGGAAGCGGCAGCCCCGCGAGUGGGCGGGGCGAGGAGCCCUAGGAGGGUUCAAAAGGGGGUGGAAGGAUACCCGAGCCACCGUCGGAACUACUUUCAGGAAGGGGUCACGUGUGCUCCGAGUUGGGGAACUUUCCAAAUUCCCACUCUCCAAGCGUAGCUCCGGAGGCAAGUGCUUCGCCAGCUACGCUCGGGGUGCUCCCGCCUGGCGCGGGCAGCACCCCCACACCCUCCCAGGCUGCAGAGGGACGGGGUUGGGGAUGGCCAGUGGAGCCUCCACAGGAUCGCUGUCUGGGCUAGCUGCUGGGCAGGCACCCCCAUCCAAGCACGUGCCCCCGCUCCCGUGCACCGCUGCUCCCACCCUUCUGCUACCCACGGAGUGAGCUCUCUCUGCUGUGGAUUGACAAGCACUGCUUGUUCUCAACCGUGGGAAAAGGGGCCGGGCCCGAGGGAUCUGGCGCAUCUCCCUCGUUGGUUGGGGUGAACCCUCUGGUUCCGUGCUGUCGGGGCCAAAGGCUCGUUCCCGCUGCGCCUGCUGCUUGGAUUGCAGGUGUUGCAACAAACUUUUGAGUCGCUACCCCUGCACUGGUGAGCACGCCCCACCUACUGUAGACUCAGCCAAGUGCCUUAUCUGGUCUAGUCCUUGGCCGUAUGCCCAGAACAAACCUGUCAAGUCUUUCUGCAGCCCCGUGGUUGACCUAUCCAGUGAGUGAGCUGGUUCACAAAUGCUUAGACCUAGAGCGCCUCCUCAACCCCCUCCCCAAAAUACGCACAUCAGUCAGCUUCAAAAUGAGAAGGGGCGUCAACCAACACCAACCUACGAAUUUUUUUUUCUCUCUUUCAUUUCCCCCCACUCUCCUCCCACCCCACCCGGCGCCCCGCUCCAGGAAAGUAGAAUUCCAGGGGAAAAUUUGAGUUCAGAAGUAUCUGACUUAGACCAGGCUGAAGCCCUAGGUUGUUUUUUUCUUUUCUCUUUUUUCUUUUUUUUUUUUUUUUUUUUUUUUUUGACAUCUGAGAAAAUGGGAAUCAGUUGGCACAUGUGUUGUGAUAAAUGGUGAGUAGAUACCUAGAAAGGUCUAAAGCCGAGUUUUCUUGUGAGGAAGAUUGUAAAUGUGCACAUCAUCAUUACAGGCAGCCCCUGAAGACUAGAAACCUCAGGAGGCCCAGCUCAGAGAGCCACAGGCCAUUACCUAACUCCAGGACUGCUAAUUAAACCGGGGAUAUUUAGGGACCUCUGAGGCUACAUAAAACUGCAUUUAUAUACAACAUCCUUUUAAGAUAGCACUGCAGGAGUUAGCAACCCGCUGAAGCCUCGGUGCUGGUAUUUAUUGGAGACUGGUUUUGUGCAUGCUUCUGGUCAGCUCCAGGGAGGCAGGGAUCCUAAGUGGAAAAGGAAAUGGAGAGUAAUCUGGAAAGAAGAAAAAGGCUUCCUUUGGUUUCCAAAGAUGGAAACCCUGUCCACACAACCUAGUGUGAGCUAGAGAUUUCUUUAUUUUACAAAUAACCUGGGCUAAGGAGUCCCUGAUGUUUAGGUAUUGCAUGGUAAAAAGGAGAGCUGUGCUCAAUGGGUAUCAACUGCUGCUUGGGAGGAAAAGGGGAAAUGAAGACACAGUUAAAUGAGGGGAGGUAGAUUGCGGCUGGUUAAGUGUUCCACAUUUGUUUCUCAGGUUGCCUGUCUCUGUCCCCAGAGUACCUGCUAUUAGCACUGCUCUACUCUGCCUCUCCCCUGGAGCCUACCCUGGUGGUGAUUAGUCUCACAGCGUCUGCUUCCUUGCAAGAAAAUGAAACAGGGUUUAUUUCUAUCUUUGCUGGUAAUGUCGGGCUUCAGGAGAGAGGAUCCUCUUUGAUUCCCACGACCCAGAGUUAUUCUGAAGUGGAGAGGAAGUGCUGGAAUAUGAGACAAGCCUACAAGCACUUCCAGCUGAAGGGAAGUGGAAAAUGGGUUUUGCUGCUUCUCUGAGUAUCAGGUCCCUCUGCUUCUCUCUAGUGGUGAAUGAAAGGAUCACCGAUGUUGGCAGUUAUUUCAGUAUCCUGACAGCGGCAGGAGGUGGUCCGUAGGACAAGCUGAAUAAAAGCCUCCUUCCCUUCCUAGGGUUAUGUUCCUGAAAGAAAUACUGAUGAAUCUUUUUUCAGUGUUUGUUUUUCUUCACUUUCUCCUUUUACUUAAGGGCCCCUUUAACCUAGAGAUAGAACUGAAAUUUCUAAAUAGCUGACCUGAUGUAAUGCAAAGAAAAAAAUUUUUAAUAUAUUUUUAGGUUCAGUUGAAAAUAGCUGCUUGAAUGUCCAGCUAUUACAACAUACUGGCCUCCAGGUACUUUGUUUCUUAGCCUGUCUAGAUUGAGAAGGACCUAGGGAGAAACAGAAAAUGUAAAAGAGGGAGAUUGAUGUAAAGCUUCAGGAGAUUAUAUAGAAUAAUUAGUGGACGUGAUAAACCAGCUUUAAUUAUAGUUUCUAACAGCUGCUUCCAAAACUGUAUUGUUACUCCACCCAAAGAAUACACCCCCCCAAAUUCCUAUUUUCUUUGAUACAUGAAAUGACCCAGCCCUGGAUGUGAGCAAUAUAAAUAGUUGCUGUGCUCUUCUAGAUGCUGUAGCUAAAAUGUCUUUUGUGUGAACACUGUGAUUGCUAUAGUGCCUUUCUCAUCUCCCACACACUGACCUUUCAAAAAGAGAUUUAAGUCAAUGGUUUUCAUUGUUAAGCAAUCUUCUCUAUUUUUAUCUGUUUAGCCAGUGUUUUCCAAAUAAUCAGGAUAGAAAAAUAUAAUAAUUACUGGCCUGAAUUUAAAUGGUCUCAUUCUUCCAAGGGUCCGAAGGUUUUUCCUUUAUUUCAUUUGUUCUAGGAACAAAUAUUGUUGUUCUUUCAGUUUACCCAAGACGUUCUCCAGAGGACACUGCCAUGGGUCAACUGAGUAACUAUAUCAUAAAAGAGAACACUCCAUUAUUGUCUAUGAUUUCCAUGUCCCAAAUCUCUCCUGGAGCUAUUUUCUGUGGCAGUCUCUCACAAAAUAGAUUUUUUUUUUUUUUUAAUUGCUAGGUCUAGGUCUAGGCCCAGAACUGUAUUAGCAUCAUUUUUGCCUCCUUCUGUUGGCCACAAGAUUCAAGAGAAGGGAAAGAGACUUCACCUUGUGGUGGGAAGGUGGAAAUGCAUGUACAGGGAUGGAAGGAUGGACGUUAGUGCUCAUCUCUCUCAUAUAUAAAUGACUCCUAAAUAUCGAAACAAAAGCAAAAAUAAAACAGUUUUCUCUGUACUCUUAGGUCAACUUUACCUAGAAUCUCUAUCAUCUAAGAAUCCUCGCUAAAAGCUGACAAUUUGAUUAGCAGCUAUAUCUUUUCUAUAUUGAUCCUUAAUCUUGUAAUUUCUUAUUUGUUGACUCAUUUAUUUACAUGCAUAUUUAUACUCUAGGAUCAACAUAUUCCACAAAAUUUUUGUUAAAAUUCAACGAAAUAAAAAUGAUGUAUUUUUACACAAAUGCAUGGAAGAAUAGCAGAGAGAAGAUAACACUGAUCUCCAAUUUUUUCUUUUCAUUUAUUGCUUUCUAUAUUGCUCAGAAUUUUUUACAAUGAUCAUUUAUUAUUUUCAUAAUGCAAAAAGGUGACUUUAUCCAAUAGAAUUAAAACUAAAUAUCAAAAUAUUAUCAAUUAACCUGGCAUAAGCUCAACUCUAACUUUAUUUGUAAAUAAAUAAGCACACUAAGGAAUUUCUAGUGUUAAAACCUAACAGUCUUUUUAGAGUCUGUUCCGCCAUAGAAAUAAGUGGGAGGGGCCGGUACUGUGAUGCAGGUUAAUCCUCCGCCUAAGGCGCUGGCAUCCCAUAUGAGUGUCGGUUCCAGUCCCGGCUGCUCCUCUUCUGAUCUAGCUCUGUGCUGAUGGUCUGAGAGGGCAGUGGAAGAUGUCCCAAGUGCUUGGGCCCCUGCAGCCACGGUGGGAGACCCGGAAGAGGCUCCUGGCUCCUGGCUUCGAAUUGGCCCAGUUUCGGCCUUUGUAGCCAUUUGGGGAGUGAACCAGUGGAUAGAAGAACUUCUCUGUCUCUCCCUUUCAUUGUAUGUAACUCUGUCAAAUAAAUAAGUAUAAUCUUAAAAAAAAAUACAUGGGAGUAUCUGCCAUAAAUGGAGAUGUCAUGUAGUAGAUGAGUUGAAUACUGUAUCUUCCCCAGGUCAGUUGUCUCAAUUAGGUCUAUGUGUCACUCUUUGUACUAUUUAAUAAACUUUGCUGCUCCAAAAAAAAAAAAAAAAAAGAAAAGAAAAGAAAAGAAAAAAGAAAGAAAGAAAGAAAGAAAGAAAGAAAUAUUCCUCCAGAAACAAUUAUAUAAUACCACAGUAUCACCACGGUACUUGAUUAAAGGCAAUGGCAAUUACUUUACGAUGUGAGAGUGUUAAUAUCUAAAAGAAAUCUUAGGGAUCCCCUAGUUCACCAAUCCCAUUUUACAAAUGAAGAAACUGAAGCCCAAAGGGUGUUAUUAACCCAGAUUGCAUAACAACUCAUUAAAGGAUCCUGGCUUGGAGCCUGGAAAAUUUCCUGACACCCCAUCAUUGAAAAAAGAUGGGAAGAAAACUUAGCUCUUACAGAAACCUAAACAAAUGAAUUAGAGAAAAUUGACUAGGGGUGGCUUUUAAUGCCAUUUUCUAGCCUUAUUUGGGAGUGAACAAAGGGAAAAGUUAGACUGCCUAUGUAGAGGUCAUAAAUUGUGUUUAGAACAUAGAAAGAUGGGCUAAGUCAACAAUGUACCCUUUUGUGUCCUGAAAUUAGCUUAUGAAGAUUAGGGCCUUCAGGUUCAAAUGUGAACAUGAAUUGCCACGAGUUAAAAGUUUGCUUCUCAUUCUCCAUUUCUAAAAUUAGUGGAAGAGUAUCUUCCAAAGUAGGGUAAAAAGGAGACAACCUUUAUAUGUGGAUUCAGCAAAAAGGGACAGUGAGGGCUGUGCUGUUUUGAAAGGAAGGAAACACCAAAACCCCCUGGGAACAAGGAGAACGCUGCCACCUGCUGAAGAGUUGGUGUCAACAAAAAUGCUGGCGCACAGCAUUAAUGGGAGUCCUUCAUUCAUCGUGCCUCAAAAUCAGUUAAUAGGCCUCUUUGCAAUCAGAGAGAAGUUCACCAGGC